AUGGCUCGAAACUUCCCAUUUCGAACGGCGACCGUCCUUUCGUCUGUCCCUCGCUGUCAUCCGGGGAUCUCUUCUGUGAGCACAAAGGUAGUGUUUCAAAAUCGAGGUCAUGCUCGUUGUAGUGUCCCUCAAGAGAAUCCUUUCAUCAAGGUUUCCGAGGAAGUCAGAGAAGCCAUCGAAACCCAGAAACCGGUGGUGGCUCUCGAGACCACUAUCUACACGCACGGCUUUCCAUAUCCGGAGAACGUCGCCUUAGCUUCGCACCUGGAGUCGAUCGUUCGCGUCAAUGGAGGAAUCCCAGCUACAGUUGGCGUUCUAAAUGGCGUUGCUCGUGUUGGACUUCAGGCAGAAGAACUUGUUGAACUUACGGCGUCAGCUGGCAAACCUGACACGAAGAAGAUUUCAAGAAGAGAUCUUGCAUUCACAUGUGGAUUGGGAUUCGCAGGCCGAAGGCUUAAUGGAGGGACUACAGUAUCUGGUACGAUGGUCCUUGCCCACUUAGCUGCAAUCAAGGUCUUCGCCACGGGGGGCCUUGGUGGUGUGCAUAGUGGCGGUGAAAGCACCAUGGACAUCAGUGCAGAUCUUACCGAGCUAGGUCGUACCGGGAUGGCUGUGGUAAGCAGUGGAUGUAAAAGCUUUCUUGACAUACCGCGAACGCUGGAGUACCUUGAAACCCAAGGAGUCUGUGUAGCCACUUUCGCAGAUGGUCGUGACGGAAACGUUGAUUUUCCGGCAUUCUGGACAAGGGACAGCGGCAGUCGAAGCCCGUUAACCAUCGAGAACGAAAAAGAAGCCGCGGCUAUGAUAUAUGCGCAGCAAGGGAUGUCUCUCACAUCCGGCCUUCUCUUUGCGAAUCCAAUCCCUGCUGAGUAUUCGAUCGCGAAGAAGGAGAUGGGUAGCAUCAUUGCGCAAGCACUCCGGGAUGCAAGAAAAUCCGGGUCGGUGGGUAGCGAGAACACCCCCUUCGUGCUAAAGCGAAUUCGCGAAAUCACAAAGGGAGAAUCGAUCACAGCGAACAGGGCUUUGGUCGAGGCCAACGUUGCUCGUGGCACAAAAGUAGCUGUUCACCUAUCGAACCUGGAACAGAGAAGACAGGAUUGGACUACUAGACCUCCUGUCGUUGACAGGAGGGCUAGCCAAUUGGUGGAUGGUCCUGCUGCAGAAGCUGCACGAUCACUGAAAGCCUCCUCUAAUUCCAUGGGCACAGCCUUUCCGCACACCAGUACAGUAGACGUCGUUGUUGCUGGCAGCUUGGCAAUAGACCUAUCUUGUGACUACAUUCCGCCGCCUUCUGCGAAUUUGUCAAGCCAGCCGCAGCUCCAUACGUCCAAUCCAGCUUCUAUCACUCAAACCUUAGGUGGCGUCGGCCAGAAUGUCGCAACUGCUCUACACUAUCUUAGGUCUUCGGUACGCCUCUGUAGUAGCGUUGCAGACGACGUAGCCGGUUCUACCGCCAUCAACCUCCUGGCUGAACGAGGUUUACAGACCGUUGGGGUCCAGACAAGGGGUUCAAGAUCCCACACGGCGCAGUAUGUUGCAGUCAACGAUGCGCACAAGCACAUGUUGUUAGCAAUGGCAGAUAUGAACAUAUUAGAAGAUACAAUUGGGGACUUCGAUUCCCUCUGGAAACCUCACUUUGACGCUUGCAAGCCGAAAUGGCUUGUAGUUGAUGCAAAUUGGCACUCCAACACGAUUCGAAAAUGGCUCGACACAGCUAAAGCUGCUGGAGCAAAGGUUGCAUUUGAGCCAGUCUCUCCAGCAAAGUCAAGGAGGGCGUUUCCAGCGAGCCUUCAAACCGAUGCUAGCUUGGCGGCGGUGCCGAAUCAUUCAAUCAGUCUGGCUACGCCCAAUGCCCUAGAGUUGUCUUCAAUGCACGAUGCUGCGUGCGACGCUGGUCUUUUCGAUCGAGAAGACUGGUGGCGCAUGAUUGAUUCUAUAGGACUAUCGAGUUCAGGAUCCCGAGAGAAGCUUGUGUCCUUGACAAACAACUUACUUGUCGAUCAAGGAGCUCCACAGCAAAGCAUUCGUCUAUUGCCGUUCAUUCCUUGCAUUUUAACUACACUGGGUGAGCAUGGAGUCCUCAUGACCCAGAUGCUUCGGCCGGGAGAUGAUCGCUUGACAUCGCCUGAUGCUGCACCUUAUGUUCUUUCUCGUUCGACUGAUGGCAAUAAUGUUAUUGGUGGGGUCUACAUGCGGCUAUUCCCACCUGUGGAGACUGUGUCGAGCGAUCAGGUUGUUAGCGUCAAUGGUGUUGGUGACACCUUUCUAGGUGUGCUAAUAGCCGGUCUUACAACAGAGAAGCCUAGAGACAUAGUGGAUUUAGUCAACAUCGCGCAAAGAGGGAGUGUGAUGACAUUGAAAAGCAAGGAAGCUGUCAGCCCGCAACUCUCGAUGCUGCAAAGCUCUCUCUAG